CCUUGGUAGCACCCAUAGCUGAGCAAACCUGCUUAGAACAAACAGGUGCAGCCUUUUCUUAUCACUACCUGAAUAAGUUAAAGCUUUUUUUGGUGGGAAAGUUUUUUUUUGGAAACAUUUGAGCUAGAAAGUUAACCUAUCAGCCCAAGAACACAAAGAACGUAAACACUAUUGUCAAUGACAAUGAGCAACCAGGAAGAGAGGACAGUCAGAGAGAUGAUGGGCUCUUCCAUUUGCCUCGUACCAGAGAAGCACUUGCUGUGCCUUCUUUGCAGAAACAUCUUCACCAACCCAGUUACCAUACCCUGUGGACACAGCUUCUGCCUGUCCUGCCUCAGCCAAUUCUGGACUCGACGCCAGGCCAAAUACUGCCCAGACUGUAGAAGAUUGUUUGCCAACAAGCCAGACCUCAGUGUCAACCAUAUUUUGGCAGAUGUUUGUGAAAAUUACAGAAGUGCGCACCCUCAGAAACCACCGGACGAAGAGACGGUUACAGACGUUCAACAAAUGAUCCAGGACAGACUACACAAGAUAGAGAGGCUAAAAUCUUCCCUGGAGGUCCAAAAGAGUUCUUACCUGCGUGAGGUGCGAGAGAGUCAAAAAGUCUUCUCAGCCCUUGUAUGUGCUAUGGAGACAACUCACAAAGCUGUCGUCUCUGCAAUUGAGAGCAAGCAAAAGGAAGAAGAGCAAAGAGUGCAGAAGCUGAUAAGGGAAAUCAAGGAAGAAAUCGAGCAGCUGAGGAACCACCUGAAUCAAGCUGACCCUCAGGAUUUUGAUCAAAGUGAGGGCAUGAAGCAGGUUGUCUCGCUCAGUGAGAUGAAGGACUGGUCCAGGGUUAGCAUUGAAAGUGACCCUUGUGUUGGGGUCACAAGAAGAGCGAUGUCAGACCUCUUAGAAAAGAUCAAACUGGAAGUCAACAGGCUCUCCAAAGCUGAACAAAGGAGACUAGAGAGGUAUACAGUUGAGCUGAACCUCAGUGGAAAGACAGCCCACCCGUUUCUUUCCGUCUCAGACGACCGGAAACAGGUGAGGCAUACCAACAAGCUUCAGGAGGUUCCAGAUCAUCCAACGCGCUUUGACCGUGUGGCCAACGUGCUGGCUAAGGAAGGCUUCAGCAGUGGGAGGGUCUACUGGGAGGUGGAGGUCGGCGACAAGAUCGAGUGGAACCUGGGUGUCGCCAGGCAGUCCAUAAACAGAAAAGGAAAGUUUACUGUCUGCCCGGCCAAUGGUUUCUGGACUUUGAGCCUGAAGGCUGGAGGCCAGUAUAUUGCCAACACCUCUCCUGUCACCUUUGUGGCUCUGGAGCAGCGUCCUAAGACUGUGGCGGUGUUUUUGGAUUACGCCCAAGGCUUCGUUUCCUUCUUCUGUGCUGAAUCAGGAGCGCACAUUUACACCUUCACAGACAGGUUCACAGACAGACUUUAUCCAAUCUUCAGUCCCGGACGCCUGCAUGGUGGCAAAAAUGCAGCCCCGUUGAUCAUAACUUCAAGUUUCUGCAGCAUUUGAGCUUCAGUCAUUGGUUUUAUCUUCUGUAUUUUCCUGAUUUUGACAAAUUAUUUAUUAAAUGAAAUGUAUAUCAGACAUCUUCAAUAAACCACAUAUUAUU